AUGCCUCCGACGUACCCAGAGACACUAAACGUGCGCUACUCAUCCGACGACCCGUCCCUCCGAUUCCCCGUCCACAACCCAGCGACCGGUGAGGUUAUCACCCAUCUUCAAGCGGGGACACCUUCUCAAGUCGACGCCGCCGUCCGAAGUGCCCAGAAAGCAUACGACAGCGACUGGCGGUGGCGCUCCCCAGCGGAGCGAAGCGCCUUUCUCUUCAGAUGCGCCGACGCACUGGAGCCCCACAAGGACGAGCUGGCCGAGUUGUUGUGCCUGGAGAAUGGCAAGCCAAAGCAGGAUGCCCUGUCCUUCGACAUCAACUUUCUCGUCAACAUCUUUCGGUUCUUUGCCAGUAUCUGUGACAAGCUGCCGGGCGAGUUCUACCAGCGAGGCAGCGUCAACGCGACGGUGAUCUAUGAGCCAUUCGGCGUCUGUGCUGGGAUUCUGCCCUUCAACUGGCCACCAAUCCAUUUCGGGGGCAAGACGGCUCCAGCCCUGGCGGCGGGGAAUGUCAUGAUCAUCAAGCCCGGGGAACAGGCUCCUUUGACGGUGCUCCGGAUGUGUGAGAUCAUCUCCCAAGUCCUGCCCCCGGACGUGGUUCAGGUUGUGCCAGGCCUUGGGCCGGAGGUCCCUGCGGCAUUGAUCAAGCACGACCUUGUCAAGAUGGUGUCUUUCACAGGGUCAACUGUGGCGGGAGCAAAGGCGGCCGAGACAGCGGCGAAGACUGUGACGCCUGUAGUGCUCGAGCUUGGGGGGAAGAAUGCGUUCGUUGUCUUCGAUGACGUCGAGAAUCUCGAUCGCGCAGUUGGGUAUGCUCUCGAAGGGGCAUUUUUCAACAAAGGCGAGGCGUGCACGGCAUCAUCCAGAAUAUUGGUCCAAAACGGGGUGUAUAAUCAAUUCUGCGACAAACUUGCUGCGGGGGUGAAGAACCUCAAGUCCGGAAACGGUCUGUCCCCAACCACCCACCUGGGACCGCAGGUCAGCAAGGCACAACAAGAGAGGGUCCUCGGAUACCUCAAGAAGGCCAAGGACCUCGAGAAAGAAGGAAAAGUCAAGAUCGCGGCCCAGGGUCAAUUGCCCGACGACCCGGCUUGCCAGAACGGCUUCUUCGUGCCGCCCACCCUGAUCACCGACGUCACGAGAGACAUGGUGAUCGCCCAGGAGGAAAUGUUCGGUGUGCUCGUGACAGUGACGCCAUUUAAGACGGAGGACGAAGCCAUUGACAUCGUGAACGAGUCCCGGUACGGCCUGACGAGCAUCAUCUUCAGCCAGAGUAGCGAGAGGUGUUGGCGCUUCUCGAAAAAGGUCGACGUCGGGUUGGUCUACGUCAACAACUACUUCCGGAACAUUCUGGGGAUUCCCUUUGGAGGAGCUAAAGAAACCGGGUACGGGUGA